GAACAAAGUAGAGAUUGGUCUAUUAACAGACUAUUUGGGACAGUACGGUAUUUCAUGGCAAAAUGCAUGGGAAGAAUGCUUGAAUGAUUUAGAUAACGGAAAUGGUCUUAUUCCUUUGCCUCUAUUUAGCGAUUAUCAGAAGAAUGACGCCUUUAGGAUUACAACUGUAUAAUACGCGUCGAUUAUUGAGUGAAGACAACCAAAGUGUAUUGGACGAUGAUGAAUAUUAUUACAGAAUUCAAGAAGAAGGCAUUUUACCUUCACAGCAUUUACGAGCUUGUUAUUCAUGUACUGUCACUGUUGCUAAUGGUUUAUUUUAUACAUUUUGGAAAGGCGUUGUUCAGAAUGGAUUGGAUCAAUUACACAGAGAAAGAUGUCAACAGGGUAUUCAAUGUGAGACACAAUGGCGUAGAGAAUCACACGCACAAAGAUUAAGUCAUAUUGAGAUUGACCAUCCUUAUCUAUAGUUCAUCACGCUCAACUUUUUUCUUUCUGAAUAAAGAAGGUGUCAUCAUUCUGUAAUUGCCUGUCCAUUUAGCAUAGUUGAGAUCCAUCAUUCUUCUCUCGAGUUCUUUAAGAUAAGGCAAUUGGUCUUCAUAAUGGUCCACUAGAAUAUGAGUAAAGAAAGUGUUUAAAG